AUGCGGUCCUUUUUCUCAUUGGCGCUCAUCGCCUCGGCGACAGGCAUCCUCGCCUCGCCAGCAGACCCAAUGAUCACAGCCUCGCCGACCCUCGCCAAACGCGCCACGAGCUGCACCUUCUCUGGCUCCAACGGCGCCGCCUCCGCCAGCGCCUCGCAAAAGGCCUGCGCGACUAUGGUGCUGUCCGCGCUCGCCGUGCCCUCCGGCACGACUCUGGACCUGAGCGACCUAGCCGACGACACCACCGUGAUCUUCGAAGGCGAAACAACCUGGGGCUACAAAGAAUGGUCGGGCCCGCUGCUCCAGAUCUCCGGCAAGGGGAUCAAAGUGCAAGGCGCGUCGGGGGCGGUUCUGAACCCGGACGGCGCGCGGUGGUGGGACGGAGAGGGCAGCAACGGGGGCAAGACGAAGCCGAAGUUCUUCUACGCGCACGACCUGAGCGACGCGAGCAUCACGGAUCUGCACAUCACGAACACGCCCGUGCAGGCCGUCAGCAUCAACGGGUGCGACGGGCUCACGGUCACGGAUAUGACGAUCGACAACUCGGCGGGGGAUAGCGCCGGCGGGCAUAAUACGGACGGAUUCGAUAUCGGCUCUAGCUCGGAUGUGACCAUUACCGGGGCCAAGGUGUAUAACCAGGACGAUUGUGUGGCGGUGAACUCGGGGACGGGGGUGACGUUUAGUGGCGGGCUCGACGAAUGGUAUGUUAUGUGA